AUGAUGGUGUCACCAUCCAUCUCUCUUUCUCUCUCCCACCCUCUUUCUUUCUUUCUCUGUAUCUUCUUCUCUCUGGAUAUGGUUCCUUGAGCAGCCAAUGACAAAAGCUGGAGGAGAGCAAACGGAGUAGUUGAUUUUUUUUUCAUUUUUCUUUUCUGGACAGAAUCCCUCUCUUCCACUCUUUUUGGUGGAAUUUUUUGGAAUCUUUUAAGGAAUUGGAAUUCUUGUUACAUAUUCUGGACAUUUGUCUCAGUGUGUUUGUGUGUGUGAGAGUGUGUGUGUGUGUGCGUGUGGUUGCUGUGGGGACGUGGCUGAUGCUGGAUAAUGGCUCAUGCGGCGUCUCAGAUUAAGAAGAAUAAAGAUGUGGAUGUUAACGCAUUGGAGGAUGAAAAGGAAAGGAGGAGGAAGAGCAAGAAACAAUCAAAGGAUCAAAAGAAAAAGAAUGGGUUGAAUGCAUUGCACCUGGCGUCCAAAGAGGGGCAUGUGGAUGUGGUGGCCGAGCUGCUCAAACUGUGCGCCAACGUAGAUGCAGCAACCAAGAAAGGAAACACAGCGCUGCACAUCGCCUCACUGGCGGGACAGACGGAAGUGGUGAGAGAGCUAGUGACCAAUGGGGCCAACGUCAAUGCACAGAGCCAGAAUGGCUUUACCCCACUUUACAUGGCUGCACAGGAAAACCAUCAGGAUGUGGUGCGCUUCCUCCUGGAGAACAACUCCAGCCAGAGCAUUGCCACAGAGGAUGGCUUUACGCCGUUAGCCGUAGCCCUACAGCAGGGUCAUGAUCAGGUGGUUUCUCUGUUGUUAGAGAACGACACGAAAGGUAAAGUCCGUCUGCCUGCACUCCACAUCGCUGCCCGCAAGGAUGACACCAAAUCUGCUGCUCUGCUCCUUCAGAAUGACCACAACGCGGAUGUCGAGUCCAAGAUGAUGGUGAAUAGAACGACAGAGAGCGGUUUCACUCCUCUCCACAUUGCCGCCCACUAUGGAAACAUCAACGUAGCAACACUACUGUUAAAUAGAGGAGCAGCAGUGGACUUCAUGGCAAGGAAUGACAUCACUCCACUGCAUGUGGCGGCUAAGAGAGGGAAUGGAAACAUGGUUAAGUUGCUGCUGGACCGAGGAGCAAAAAUUGAUGCCAAGACCAAGGACGGUUUAACCCCUCUGCAUUGCGGCGCACGCAGUGGGCAUGAGCAGGUUGUUGAGAUGCUGCUGGACAGGGGAGCUCCCAUCUUGUCUAAGACCAAAAACGGUCUGUCUCCGCUGCACAUGGCGGCCCAAGGGGAUCACCUGAACUGUGUCCAGCUGCUCCUUCAGCACAAUGCUCCCGUGGAUGAUGUCACCAAUGAUUACCUGACGGCACUGCACGUGGCCGCUCACUGCGGACAUUACAAAGUGGCCAAAGUCAUCGUAGACAAGAAGGCCAACCCUAACGCUAAAGCCCUGAACGGUUUCACACCUCUUCAUAUUGCCUGCAAGAAGAACCGAGUGAAGGUGAUGGAACUGCUGCUGAAACAUGGGGCAUCACUGCAGGCAGUCACUGAGUCGGGGUUGACGCCCAUCCAUGUUGCUGCAUUUAUGGGUCAUGAGAACAUAGUGAAACAGCUCACGCAUCAUGGAGCCUCACCCAACACCACCAAUGUGAGAGGUGAAACAGCAUUGCACAUGGCAGCAAGGGCCGGCCAGGUUGAUGUUGUCAGAUACCUGCUACAGAGUGGUGCUAAAGUGGACAUCAAAGCCAAGGAUGACCAAACAGCCCUGCAUAUAGCAAGCCGUCUGGGAAAGGGGGAGAUUGUGCAGCAGCUGCUGCAGAAGGGGGCGUUACCCAAUGCUGCCACCACUUCUGGCUACACCCCUCUCCACCUUGCCGCCCGUGAGGGUCAUCAGGAGAUAGCAGCUCUCCUGCUGGAGCAGGGAACAUCCCUCUCUGCAGCAACUAAGAAGGGGUUCACUCCCCUGCAUGUGGCUGCAAAGUAUGGGCAGUUGGAAGUGGCCAAUCUUCUGCUGCAGAAAAAAGCUGCGCCGGAUGCAGCAGGAAAGACUGGGUUAACUCCGCUGCAUGUGGCUGCUCACUAUGAUAAUCAGAGAGUGGCUCUGUUUCUACUGGACCAGGGAACAUCUCCUCAUUCUGCUGCGAAGAAUGGCUACACGCCUCUCCAUAUUGCAGCUAAGAAGAAUCAGUUGGAGAUUGGGACAACAUUGUUGGAGUAUGGGGCGGAGUGUAACACAGUGACCCGUCAGGGCAUCAGCCCCCUCCACCUCGCCGCACAGGAGGGCAGUGUAGACCUCGUGUCCUUGCUUCUCACCAAACAGGCUAAUGUUAAUAUGGGCAAUAAGAAUGGUCUCACGCCGCUGCACCUGGCUGCACAGGAUGACAGGCUGAAGUCCCAGUUUGACCUGCAUGAAAGUGAAGAUGCGAUGACCGGCGAGACUGAGAAGUAUCUUCGGCCACAGGACCUGAGGGAGUUAGGGGAUGACUCCUUGCCACAGGAGGGGUACAUGGGUUUCAGUAUUGGAGCCCGCUCUGCCAGUCUACGCUCCUUCAGCUCAGACAGGUCCAACACUCUGAACAGAAGCUCCUUCGCUCGGGACAGCAUGAUGAUUGAAGAGAUGCUGGUGCCCACCAAAGACACGGUAAGAACGCCCACUCUCUUUAUUACUCUCAUCUGUGGCUUUCAUUGUCUUGUUCUCAUUCAGUACUGUAGCCGCUUUUCCACCGUCAGGCCAAACCGUUCUCGUUGCUUAACUGUUCUGUUUCGGGCCCAUCCGGCCCAGCCAGUACAAAUAUGGUUUCAUUUUCCACUGUGGGGUUAUGUGUUAUAUAAACUAGUGCAUUCUGGCCCUUCCUCCCCGCUUCCUCAGUAUGACUCCAGGUUCCUAGUGAGUUUCAUGGUGGAUGCUCGGGGUGGGUCAAUGAGAGGAAGUCGUCAUGAUGGGAUGCGUAUAAUAAUUCCACCCAGGAAGUGUUCAGCACCAACAAGAAUUACUUGCCGCCUAGCAAAACGGCACCGCUUGGCAUACCUACCCCCUAUGGUGGAGGGAGAGGGACUUGUGAGCAGACUGGUGGAAAUGGGGCCAGCUGGGGCACAGUUUUUGGGGCCUGUGAUAGUUGAAAUUCCUCAUUUUGGCUCCAUGCGGGGAAAGGAGAGGGAGCUGAUUGUCCUACGCAGCGAUAAUGGAGAAACCUGGAAAGAACAUCAUUGUGACUGUAAAGUGACAGAGCUCACCUCGAUCCUUAAUGGCAUGGAUGAGGAGAUGGAUAGUCCAGCAGAGCUGGAGAAAAAACGGAUCUGCCGCAUCAUUACAAAAGAUUUCCCACAGUACUUUGCAGUGUUGUCACGCAUCAAACAAGAAAGUGAUUACAUGGGACCAGAGGGCGGAGUCCUGAGCAGUGAGGCGGUUCCCAUGGUGAAAGCUGCCUUUCCUCACGGAGCGCUUACGAAGAAGAUUCGUGUUGGACUACAGGCACAGCCUGUGCCAGAGGACAUUGUGCGGACUAUCACUGGUAACCGUGCAUCCUUCAGUCCAAUUGUUACCGUGGAGCCCAGAAGGAGGAAAUUCCACAAGCCCAUCACCAUGACAAUCCCUGUGCCACCCAGAUCCAAAGAAGCUGUUUCUAACGGGCGCAAAGGAGAACCUGCCCCCUGCCUUAGACUGCUCUGUAGCAUUACAGGUGGAACAUCCCCUGCACAGUGGGAAGACAUCACUGGGACCACUCCACUCUCCUUUGUCACAGACUGCGUUUCCUUCACCACAAAUGUGUCUGCCAGAUUUUGGUUGGCAGACUGUCAGCAGAUCAGUGAGACAGUGGGUUUAGCAUCUCAGUUGUACAGAGAGAUGAUCUGCGUUCCAUACCUGGCCAAGUUUGUGGUGUUUGCUAAAAUGAUCGACCCUAUAGAGUCCCGCUUGCGUUGCUUCUGCAUGACUGACGACAAAGUCGACAAAACUCUGGAGCAGCAGGAGAACUUUGAAGAGGUGGCAAGGAGCAAAGACAUUGAGAUUCUGGAGGGUAAGCCCAUUCAUGUAGAAUGCUACGGCAACAUCACUCCUCUGGCAAAGAGUGGUCAGCAACUCGUCUUCAACUUCUAUGCCUUCAAAGAGAACCGACUCCCAUUCAAUGUCAAGGUCAGAGAUAUGGGCCAAGAGCCGUGUGGUAGAAUCUCAUUCCUCAGAGAACCUAAAAUCGCAAAAAGCCUGCCACAGAGUGCAAUCUGCAAUCUUAACUUUACACUGCCAACACACAGGAAGGAAAUGGAGUCAGAUCCUGAUGAUGAGAAUGACAAAGAUCGACGACAUACCUUUGCCUCAUUAGCAUUGCGAAAGCGCUACAGCUAUCUGGCCGAUCCAGCAUCCAAAACAGCUGAAAAAGGCCAUAACACCACUCCAAAAACCACGCCGCAGCCUUCUGGCUACGCUUACAAGCCUGUCUUUACGACGCGCUCCUACCAGGCCUGGGCGACAAGCUCUCCCGUCAACGUCCCUAGCCAGACCAAGUCUGGAUUUGGCUCCCUCUCCAGCUCCUCAUCCAACACCCCCUCAGCCUCCCCACUGAGGUCGGUGUGGUCUGUAAACUCUGCCUCUCCUAUCAAAUCUAUUAUUGGAGGUUCACCAGCAUCUUCCAUCAAAUCUGCCAGUGAUGUUGCAUCACCAAUUCGAUCCUACAGAACAAUCUCCUCACCAAUAAAAACUGUAGUUCAAGGUGCCCAGUAUCCAGUCCAAGCUUCCCCCACCCUUCUGUCAUCUCCAGUCAAAAGUGCCCCUGAUCCAGUUUCAUUUAAAGGCCUCACAGGGCUCUCAGCCAGGACAUCUCCUGUACCAUCUGGCGGAACCUUGCUGGAAAGAUCCUCCAUUGCUAUUACUCCUCCAGCCUCACCUAAGUCUUCUCUAAACAUGUACAGCUCAAGUUUGCCAUAUAAGUCUGUCGUAACCUCAAACCCUCCAGCAACCUGCUCCCCCAUUAAAACUGUCCCGGGCUUUUCCUCUAUCAGAACCAACACUGAUGCCUCUGCCAGAGGAUAUCUGUCAUCCCUCUCCUCACCAUUGAAAUCCGGCUCGGCCACUACAGCAGCUGCACUGAUCAAUGGGACAGUUUCCCCAACCAAAUAUCGCUCCUCCUCCCCAACAACCCAUCUUACCAGCACCCUGCAGGAAAGAAUUCAAGCCACAACAAAUGCAGCAACAACAAGUGUGAAUGCUGCCUUUGAUGAAGUGGAAAAAACUUUCAAUUCCUGCUCUGCUGGCUAUGGCACACUAAAGUCAGUGUCCUCCACUCCCUCAUCCUCUUACCAGUCUAUCCGUUCCUCUGCAUCCAACUCACUGUAUGCCUCCCUUAGAUCCCCUCCGAAUUCUACCACAACUGUAACUUCCAGCACUAUUACAGUCCCUGUCUAUUCAGUUAUAAAUGUCUUACCAGAACACCAAUUUAAAAAGCUCCCUGAAGUCUCCAUGUCAACAGCUGCUCUCCUGUCCCCCAGAAGAGCCAUGCCCCAAGAGGUUAAUGCCCAGACUCAGUCCUCUUUUGCCAGAACUCUAUCUCCUGUCAAGACUCCCAUGCACAUGUCCCCAGGAACAAUAAAAUCUGCUACAUCUUCAUCCCCUCUGUCCAAUAGCCAGGAGAUUCUAAAAGAUGUGGCUGAAAUGAAGGAGGACCUAAUCAGAAUGUCUGCAAUUUUGCAAACUGAUACAAAUUCAAGCUCCAAAGGUUAUCAUUCUGAGUCUAAAGAACAUAAAGGGGAAGAUGAGGAGCCUUUCAAGAUAGUAGAGAAAGUCAAACAGGACCUGGUCAAAGUCAGUGAAAUUCUUAGCAAGGAUGUUUUGAGAGAGAGUAAGGCAAAUAUUAAAAACAGCAAAACAGAAGAUGUCCUAGAGGUUGACAUAGAUAAUAAUCCACAAAAUGAGUGGAGAUGCCCCCCUCGAUAUGAAACAUUAACCCCUCAAGUCAAAACAAAAACAGUAUCUGACAGAGAUUUUAACCUUGCUAAAGUUGUUGAUUACCUAACCAAUGACAUUGGCACAAGUUCUAUUUCUAAAAUAGCAGAGGCUAAACAAAGAACUGAGGAAGCAAGGAAAGAAGGAGAUGAGAAACAAAAACGGGUCCUGAAACCUGCAAUGGCAUUACAGGAACACAAGCUCAAAAUGCCUCCAAAUAACAUGCGCCCUUCACCUUCAGAAAAAGAACUUUCAAAGCUAGCCGAUGCAUUGUUUGGCCCUGAAAUAGCACUAGACUCUCCUGAUGAUGUCUCCCAUGACCAAGACAAGAGUCCACUUUCAGACAGUGGGUUUGAAACUCGCAGUGAGAGAACUCCCUCUGCCCCCCAAAGUGCAGAAGGAAUGGGGCCCAAAGGACUCUUUCAGGAUAUUCCUCCUGUCAUCACUGAAACACGCACUGAGGUUGUACAUGUCAUAAGGAGUUAUGAGCCUCCAGAGGAUCCUAAGGAGCCAGCUUUGGAAGAUGCUAGAAUGACAAAGCCUCCACUGCGAUGUUCAGACACUGAGCCUCGAUCACCUGGUGGGUCGAUCAAAGAAAGAGUUAAAGCUUACCAAGCCAGAGUCAAUGCAGAGGAUGAUGUGAUGAGCAAAGGUAUGCGGGUCAAAGAGGAAACUCACAUAACAACAACUACAAGAAUGGUGUACCACAAACCCCCCAUUAAAGAGGCUGCAUCUAAGAGGAUGGAGGAGACCAUGUCUGUACGAGACAUAAUGAAGGCCUUCCAAUCUGGGAAGGAUCCAUCUAGGGAGUUAACAGGCCUGUUUGAGCACAAAAGCAGCAGUGAAGGGGCAGAUCCAUCUGUCAGGCCUCUUGACCCAAUGCCCAAAGUCGAACGUAUCAUUGAGGUUCACAUCGAGAAAGGCAACAAAGCUGAACCAACUGAAGUAAUUAUCAGAGAAACAAAAAAUCACCCUGAGAAGGAAAUGUACAUAUAUCAGGGUAGAAGUGGCAUGAAAGAACUGCAAAAUAGGAUGGGCAAUGAGCAACAUGACAUAGAACCUGAAGAAUCUCUUCCUUGUUAUCUGGACUCCAGAAUACACAAGCCUGUCUCUGUGGAGGAUGAUAAGACCUUGAAAUUGCUUAGUCAGCAGUCAGUGGAGUACCACGAUGAUGAAUCCUCUGAAACGAGGGGAGAAUCAUACAAAUUUGCAGAGAAAAUGCUCCUGUCAGAAAAAUUUGACUCUUCCCAUUCAGACUCAGAUGAAUCUGUGAUUGACAGGUCUCGAUAUUAUGGUGAGGGAACACAAGGUGGUUCAAUUAGAGAAUUCAUGCUAAAGCCUGAUAGGUCAGGUAGAUCAUCAGAGGAUGACAAUUAUGACAAACUCACUUUGCUGCAGUAUGCUUCUGAUCCUGAGAGUCCAAAAAAGUCUGUUUGGAUGAGAGUUUCUGAGGAUGGGCAGAGUAACAGCAGAGAGAAUCACAAAUAUGAGGACAGAGUAGACAGAACUGUAAAAGAGGCAGAGGAAAAACUUAGUGAAGUCUCACAAUUCUUUCGUGAUAAAACUGAAAAACUGAAUGAUGAGCUUCAGUCCCCUGAAAAGAAGCAUCGUAGACAAGAUGCGAGGGAGACUCGUUCUGGGCCCAACUCAACAUGUAGUAGCCCAGAGAGGUCAGUGUACAGGAAUGGAGGUACUGGAGAGGACUGGAGUAGAGACCGGUUUAGGGAUAAGUAUGAUUCCCAUGACAGAAAAUGUGCCAGUCUACCAAGCAGUCCUGAAAGACGAGUCUUGCUUCGAUACAAUGAUGACCCAAAAAAGGGAGACAGCUCAUCCACAAGCAGUGCAAGUGAUUCGUCUAAAUAUUUCCAGCCCUCAACAUCUAAGGUUAGCUCGGUAAGAAUGAAAUUUGAAUCAGAGACCCAGAAACAAGAUAAAGGUCCGCAAUGGGGACAAACUUCAGGCUCCCCAGUGAGGAAGCUGCAGGAAAGUAAGCUGCCUGUUUAUCAAGUUUUUGCAGGGGGGAAAAUACCAAGGUCAAUAGAGUCUUCAGAAAGUGAGAGAAGCCCCAAAAAAGAUAGUGAGGGUGGGCACAGUUACAAUGUACGAAAGGCUCAAGCAUUUGCCCAAAAUCAGCAGAGUGACAGACAAAGAAAUAGGUCAGAUAACUCUUCACCAAAACAUCACCAAAAUGUUUACAGUAAGGAGCAAAUUGCCAAUGAAGAUAGGAAAAUAUACAAAACUUGGGAAAACCAUGGCAAUGGACAACUGAAAGGACAAAAGACAAAGCUCACUCAUACUCUAGUGCAUGAUAGGCAAAAGGAUGACUCACAGAAUGAGCAGCACUCAUUGAGAGAUGGAAACACCAUGACAGAAGAAACAACUAAAAAGAUAAUUUACACAGAGCUUGUAAUUCGAGAAGAUCCUAGUAAUGCUGAAAAUUGCAAUGGUGCUCUAAAAAAAAACUCGGAAUCACAAAUUCCUGUUAGGGUUUCAUCUAGUUUUAUAGACCAUCAUCAAAGUAGUACUUUAAAGUUAGAUUCCUCCAUUAAAUCUGAAAGAACAGGGUCUCACAUAGCCAGAAAUACACAGUACCCUAAUUCUGGGGCUAGCAAAUCACCUAGUGAUGUGUCAUCUGUAGUGAACUCAGAUUCUAGCAGGCAGAUUGUUAAUAUAGUCUGUAAUGGUGUGGAUGAUAACCAAGUUGAGUAUAUUGAAAAAGUGACCCCAGGUGUCACUGCGGACAUUAAACCUCUUCCUGUGUAUGUCAGCGUUCAAGUAGGUAAACAGUAUGAGAAAGAAACUGCCACUGGCCAGUUAAGCACUUACAAAAAAGUUGUAAGCCAUGAGAGCAGGACAGUACAUGAAACACGUGGAGCAUUUUAUUCUGUCAAACAGAAACAGCCGCAAUCUCCACAGGGAAGCCCUGAAGAUGACACGUUAGAGCAGGUUACAUUUAUGGACAGUUCAGGGAAGAGUCCAGUAACUCCUGAAAUGCCUACCUUUGAGGAGGUCAGCUACGACCUGAACUCCAGAGCUCCUGAGCCUGUCAUCAGUUCCAUGGCUGGCAUGCCUAGCCCAAUCCCAGAGGAGUCAGAGGAAGAGGAGCAGCCUAAGACAUUCAUUUUCAAGGCAGUAUCAGCAGAAAAAGCCAAAUCUGCCACUCAAUCAUCAGAACCUUCAAAAAGAAAGCAAGACUCAAAUGGAAAAAGGUCAAAAGACAAGCGCAUAGCUUACAUCGAGUUCCCACCACCACCACCUUUAGAAACUGAGCAUGCUGACCCUGAAAAGAAGGGGUCAUGUCCUUCCUCAGAAGCAGAAACAGAGAUGAUGGAGGUGAACCUUCAAGAGGAACAUGACAGACAUCUCUUUGCAGAGCCAGUAAUCAGAGUCCAGCCUCCUUCCCCUCUUCCACCUGGAGCUGACAAUAGUGACUCUAGUGAUGAUGAAUCUGUUUUUCAGCCUGCCCCCCUUAAGAAGUACACAUUCAAAAUGGCUGAGGAGUGUGAGAAACAUGUUAAGCCUACGAAACCAGAGAGAAACAGCUCACACCAAAAGGAAUCAGGUAUCAAUGGCAUUGUCAAAGGAGAAGAGGUAGAAUGUGAACAGAAUGGAAAUGAUCAAUCUAUCACUGAUUGCUCAUUAGCAACAACUGCUGAAUUUUCCCAUGAUACUGAUGCCACUGAGAUAGAUUCUCUUGAUGGGUAUGACCUACAAGAUGAGGACGAUGGACUGAGUGACCCUAAAACAUCCAGCCUGUUGAAUGAGGGAAAAGCAGGAGAUCGGCCUUUCAGCCAGAGCAAACUUGAAGUGAUUGAAGAGGAGAGCACGCCAAAUGAGGAAAUAGGGGAAAAGGCAAAAACAAAGAGGCCAUCUGGGAAAAAGUCAGACAAUGGGAAAGAGGAUAAAAUCUAUUCUUUGGAGGGAAGACACCCAGAUAGACAAGGUUUUACAGAUGAUUAUUUUAAGUCCCAACUAGAGGAGGGCAUAAACACUACCUUUAAAACUGUGGCUACUAAAGGCUUGGAUUUCGAUCCAUGGUCUGGUAAAGUUGGAGAGGAGGGAGCUUUUGAUGCUAAAAACAAUGAUGAAGAUCCGAAGCCCUGUGCUUUGUCAGUGGAAGACAAAUCACAAGCAACCACGCCGGAUACCACUCCAGCAAGAACCCCAACAGAUGAGAGCACCCCAACUAGUGAGCCCAACCCUUUCCCCUUCCACGAGGGCAAGAUGUUUGAGAUGACCCGCAGUGGUGCUAUUGACAUGAGCAAGAGGGACUUUGUUGAAGAGAGACUUCAGUUUUUCCAGAUUGGUGAGCAUACAUCAGAUGGGCAGUCAGGGGACAAGGGGAAAGGGGGCAGGAAUGCGGGGGUAGUCGCCUCUCACUCAAAGGCAGGGGAAAGAGCUGUAGAGGGGAAGGUAGAGGCAACCACAGAUUUAACGCCAUCCAGAGGCAGCACAGUGCAAGGCAGUGCUGACUGCCUGGACGCACCUCCAUUUGCUGACACCACCUCAUGCACUGUCACAGCCUCCAAGGUCGACCCCAAAUUACGCACCCCCAUUAAGAUGGGCAUCGCAGCUUCCAUUACUAUAAAGAAAGACCCUGGCUCAGCUGAACUGACUGAUGCUAAAACUGAGUCCUCAGACAGUCAGAUGCCGGAAUACAUUAGCUUGGAGUCAAGUCAAUUAGCUGAAAGUCACUUUGAUAGCAGGGGCACUAACUCUUCCCAGACUGGCAGAAAAGAUUACUCAUCAGAAAACUACAAUAACAACAAUAAUUUAGAGUCAUCUAAUGUGCAGGCCAACUACAUCCAGUGUGGUAGUGUAGUGUUCAAUUUGCAGUCAUCUUCUGAACCCACCUUACAGAAAGCUAGUAGAAUAGAAGCUCAGUUUUGUAGGGAGUCUUUAGAGAGAGCGGACAAAGCCAUUACUGAGAGUCCUCAGACUAAAGUAGUCUCAGAAAACAGGCAGACCAAGUCUAGGCUCCCAGUCAAGGCAGCAGGGUUCAGUUUUAACACACUCAGUUCAGGGAAGCAGAAGCCUCAACAAGUUGUGAGGCCAGAGGCAAGGAAAGUGGAUCCUGCAUCCAUAACGCCUGAGCCCAAGUCUAGAAUACCUGUCAAGGACAUCAAAAGAAAUGGUGCUGUUAACUCAGCUGUCACAGCUCAGGUAGUUCCAAGGUCAAGUAAGCUCACAGAGUCAGACAGAUCAGUCAGACCAGUAGUUCCCUUUAGGCUGCCUUUUAAAGACAGGUCAUCUGGUGCUUCUAAUGGUUCAGUUAACAAGGCAGGUAGAGGCAGCUUUAGUGAGGUGUGUAGGCAGUCAAUUGAGUUCUUAAAAAAUGUUAGCGGAGAAGCAAUAAAGGUGGCCGAACGACUUUCAGACGAGGAGAAACAGACACAGGGAGAGCAGUCGCAAUCGGAGGAGGACAGCAGCACAUCACGAAGCAUCUCACUAUCGGACCCCUCUCAGUCCCAGCCCUCCCUCUCCUCUGGCUCCUCCCGAGGGGUCACACCCUCAAGGACAAAGGUCACAAGGGCGGCGGGCAGUGAGAGGAGGAGGAGUAAGCGGACUGGAGGAGGGAAGGAGGGCAGUAAGAAUGAUGGGGCUCGCAGGUCGCCCCCCGUCGCGGAGAUCAAGCCUAGUCCACAGAGUCCCUGUGAGAGAACAGACCUUCGUAUGGCCAUUGUUGCUGAUCAUCUGGGACUGAGCUGGACAGAGCUGGCUCGAGAGAUGAAUUUUUCUGUGGAUGAGAUAAACCACAUCCGCACAGAGAACCCAAACUCUCUCACAGCCCAGAGCUUUAUGCUUCUUAAGAAGUGGGUCAGUCGGGAUGGGAAAAACGCCACAACGGAUGCACUGACGGCUGUCCUGACUAAAGUGAACCGGAUGGAUAUUGUGACUCUGCUGGAAGGGCCCAUAUUUGACUAUGGUAACAUUUCAGGCACCAGAAGUUUUGCAGAUGAUAGCGCUGUGUGCCAGGAAAAGGCGGAUGGUUUCCACAACAUCCUGGCUCAACUGCAGUCAACUUCCAACCCCACCCCCACCACACCCCCUCUCUGCCCCUCUAUGUCUGAUGACCUCAAACCCAUCUUAGAUCUGCCCCUUGACCCUCCACCUUAUUGCCCCUCCUGGGGACUAGAGCUGCACAACGAGGACGAGUCUGUCAGAAUUACCCCAGCCAGACCUUGUGACUUGCCCCUAUCCAAACCUGAAAACCAGCAUCACACACUCUCUAAAACAACUGCCGAAAUACACACACACAUACUUUCCCCAGAUCCUGCACAAUCUCAGUUCCCUCCCGACAACCCCAAACUCAUAACACAACUCUCAGCUGUCACAUGUGACCCUGACUCACACCUUACCCCUGAGCUUUCUCCCCUAGACCAUGAUGAACCUCCUCUAAACCUCUCAGUUUGCUUUGUACCACUCCAGUCUGUCCCCAAAAUAGACCCACCCACGACCAGUAUCGAACAGGACCACCUUUUACAGGGGAACCAGGGGUCUCAACAAAAGGAACAGAGAGAAGAAAAUGAGAAAAAAGAGUCUUUUCACUCCCAACAGAAAUCGUCCCCUACGGUGGAACAGACUGACCUAACACACAAGGGAAAAGAAGAGCUUAAGAGUCCCUCAUCAUCAUUACUACCAUCAACAUUAGAAGAGCUAAACAUUAGCAUGAGGGGACAGGAAAGAGUGAUUCUGAAAGAGGUCAAAGGUCAUGAUGUGUCCCCUUUGCGACCCUGGGCAGAGGUCCUGAGGGAGUCUGGCUUAGGAGGAGAGGAGGAGGAGGAAGCCGAGAAAAGACAGGAGCAACUGGAGGUGUCUGGAGGCCAUGUCGGAGAGAGUGAGAGGGAAGUGAAUGAGGAGAUGACUAAGGAGAAAGUGAGAGAGGUAGUGAGAGGUGUUGAACAAAUUGAGUCUGAGUUAUGCUCACUCUCCGCAGGCUGGCUCACUGAGACAUCGAACACGGAGCCGCCCGCUUCAGGGCGGAGUCACGGGUCAGACUACAUGGACCGACAGGACAACAGUCAGGAGAACUCCAGUGACUCCAUGACAUCGUCAUCCAGAGGGGAUUCAGGAAAACCUCGACAUAAUGGUGAGCGCUCUGACACCAUGCCCCGUAGCUCAGCGUCUCAGGAAUCAGCCAAUGGUGUGAAGGCAGGGGCGGGCAAGCAAGAAGGUGCUCUGAUCGCUGAGCACAAAGUCCAGCAGCGGUUAUCAACAGAGACCGGCCUGGACGAAGAGCGCACUGUCACCACCAAAGUGUUUCGUAGACGUCUCAUUCUCAAGGGAGAGGAGGCGCAGAACAUUCCUGGCGAGUCAGUUUCAGAGGAACAGUUUAUUGAUGAAGAUGGAAACAUCAUCACCAGAAAAGUAAUUCGAAAGGUGAUUUUCCGAGUGAACACUCCCACCCCUGAAAACCAGGGCUUGGGGAGUAGCAUGGGGUCACAAGGAGACCCUACCACCCUGGGGAAGAGCCACGUCCCCCUGGUCCCUGAUAUCCAAACCCAUCUCGCUACACAUGCUGAGGGAGAAGUUUCCAAGCUGAGGAAGAAGGAAGAAAAGCGUUCAGAGAGAAAACAUCAUUCAUAAAUGUGGCUUCAUGACUAUAGGCAGGUAUAUUUUUGAUCUGUUUCCAGAGCGGCGGGGUCACAAGAGCUGAAAAGAGACAUUUGGCCUGAAAAAACAUCUACAGCUUCCACUCUGAAACGCGUGGUCUUCAAAGAGACAAUACUUUGACCUAUUCCCUUGCGCAUGAGCAUGCAUCACACUGCUGACACACUUCCUGUUCCAAGGGGGUCUUGAUGAAUUCUACUUCCUGAGAUGGGUCCCGGUGAAUUCUACUUCCUCUCUGUGUUGGGUCCUAUGUAAUUCUACUUACUCUUUCUGGGGGACCUACGAGAUUAUACUUCAUUCUUCUUGAUGGUUAAUACCUGCGCUGACCUGGACCAUCAGGAAAUCAGAAACUGUUUUGUGUGCCAUGAAUAUCAGAUGACUAAAUGAGAGGGGUAUAUUCAAAAGACCCCUUAAACUCCAAACCGUAUACUCAAAACAAAUUUCCCUUUGACCAAAGAUGGCACAAAAGCUCUUUUUCGUGUUUUAGGGGGAAAAAACAAUAGAUGCUGUUGAACCACACCUUACAUUCGCCUUACACG